AUGCUGCCGCUCGUCACAGAAAAGGGCAUUGCACUUACCCAUCUCAUUGUCUGCUCAUUCCAUAUUAAUCUCAAUUCCGAGAUUCAUCUGAAUGACUACCCGCCAGGUGAUACUCACUUCAACACUGUCUGGGCCGAAGCCAAAGUCCUCAAGGAUGCCGAUGUCAAAAUCAUGGGCAUGGUCGGCGGAGCUGCGGCAGGCUCAUUCAGCACGAGUACGCUUGAUGGCAAUGACACCGCAUUCGAGCACUACUACGGACAGCUGCGUGAUGUGAUCAUCGACUUUGGGCUGCAAGGCAUGGAUCUUGACGUAGAGCAGAGCAUGAGCCAAGCUGGUAUUACUCGCCUUGUUGACCGACUCUUUGAGGAUUUUGGCCAGGAUUUCAUCAUCACCCUCGCACCAGUGGCGUCCGCUCUCCGGAACGGUGGAAACUUGAGCGGUUUCGACUACGAAGACUUGGAAGCGGCCGUUGGUGUUGCCAUUGACUUCUACAACGCGCAGUUCUACAAUGGUUUCGGAAGCAUGACGAAUACAGCAGCGUUUGAUUCCGUAAUAUCGAAUGGAUGGAGCCCGCAGAAGAUUGUCGUAGGCCAGAUCACGACGCCGGCGAACGGUGGGCAAUAUGUUCCGUUCGAUACUCUGAACACGACAAUCACGCAACUGCGGGCCAAGUACGGCGAAAUCGGUGGAAUCAUGGGUUGGGAGUACUUCAAUAGUGAGCCAGGCGGCACUUCCGAGCCGUGGGAAUGGGCUCAAGAAAUGACCAAGAUCUUGCGGCCGAACGACAGCGUCAAUCUAACCAUCACGGUAGACAAAGCUAAGGCUCUCGAGGCUGCGUGGAGAAGCAGUGUCAUUAGUACCGAGUCCCAAGGUCUAAAUGUCGAAAAUGUUCAGGAGAAACCAGGUGUUGACUACAUGGCAAUGAUUAACGCAUAA